AGGAGACUCUGCAGCGACGGAUGGCAGAGAUGCAAAGGGCACAGGAAGAAGCGAAGAGAUCGAUCGAAAGAGCAAGGAGUGAGAUCGAGAGGGCAGCGCGCGAGAAGUUGGAGGCCGAGAUCAAGGCGGAGCAGGAGCGGCAAAGACAGCGGGAAGAGGAGAUCAGGCGGAUAGAGCGCGAGGCGAGGGAGAAGCUGGCGGGAGAGGUCAGGGCGGCCGAGGAGCAGAAACUCCCAGAGAAGCAGCUGGAGCUGCAGCGGCUUGAGGAGGAGCUGCGGAGUCGCAAGUCAGAACGUGGAAGCCGGCGCAUCUUGGGGGCUUUGAAGCUCCGCUGAGUCUAACUACCCUUUGGGGGGUAAGCUUCGCUGCGAGCAGUCAUGUUACAAAUAUCCUAUAUGAAUACUUGGCGUAUCAGCAAAGCCAUAGGAGAGGAGA